UUAUUGAAAAUGAGCCUUAAAUUUCAAAAAUUUAAAAAUGUAGAUACCAUUGAUUCUGAAGUCAAUCCUGAAGAUAGAGAAGUGUCUAAUAACAGCCAAAAGAAAAACUCAAGUAUGUUUGAUGUGACACUUGAGACCCAAGAGAACCAGAGAGAACUCACUGAUCUUGCAAAUGAGUUUAGAAAAUUAGAGACUGAAGCUCAGACCUAUAAUAAGUUCCUCCAAUGCAGUGGGAUCGCUCUGAUAUUAUUUGGCCUAAUCUGAAGUAUAUUCGGCCUUAUUAAUGUCCUUUUACCUGAUGAAAAAGGACUCGUAGCAGAAGGACCUGAGAAGAUCUAUAGGUAUAAGUUUAUGAUCGAAAUGGAAAUCGUGACCAAUGCUUUUGUGGUUCUGAAGAACUGAUAUCUCGGUAAGAUAUAAAAAAAUUAUUUUACUUUUUAACCAGAAUUUGUU